AUGGCCGGCUCAAAAUCUGCUUCGCAAACAAAGGACAUUAGUCCCGUUACCAAUCAUUCCUCAUCAAUGUCUAGACGGCCACUCUACGAUGUAUUCCUGAGUUUCAGAGGGCCGGACACGCGCAGGAAUUUCGCGGAACACCUUUACAUCGCGUUGAGAGAUGCUGGGUUUCAUGUCUUUAGGGACGAGGAAGAACUGGAGAACGGCGUAGAAAUCAACGAGCAGCUGAUGGAGGCAAUCGUGCAGUCCAAGAUAUCAAUACCCAUCAUCUCCCAGGACUACGCGUCCAGCAAGACCUGCCUCAUGGAAUUGGACCAAAUGUUGAAGUGCACGAACGACAACGAUCACAUCAUCAUCCCAAUCUUCUACUACAUCGACCCGAAGAAUGUACGCAAAUGCAACGGCUCUAUCAAGAUGUCCUUCCAUGAGCACAAGAAGCGCAACAUCAAUGGCGAGGUCAUUGGUUCCUGGAAGCGUUCUCUCCAUCAGAUUGGACGGUUGAAGGGACACCAUCUCCACGAAACCAGCGGAAUGUCUCAUGGUAAGCUCAUAAAGCAAAUUGUCUACCAAGUUCAGCAGAAGCUGAAGAAGGAGGACCUAAUUGUGACGAAACAUUUAGUCGGAGUCGAUCCUCAUGUGCAAGACAUAAUGGCGAAGCUGAAGAUUGACUACCACAAUGGGCAAGCGGUUAAAAUUGGGGACACACGUGAAAUGGUGUUAGGAAUAUAUGGUAUCCCGGGGGUUGGUAAGACUGUCCUGGCGAAAUAUGUUUAUAAUCAACUUUAUCAUCUGUUUGAUGCCUGUAGUUUUCUUGGGAACAUCCAAGCCAAAAUUAAAGAUCAAGGCAUCGUGUCUGUGCAAAACAAACUAAUUGCCGACCUCCAUAAAGGAUAUGGCCCAGAGUUUGAUUGUCCCGACAAAGCUCUUAUUUAUAUUCAGAACAGGUUUUGCAACAUGAAGGUCCUCCUUCUCCUUGACGAUGUGAAUGAUCAUGAACAGCUCAGUGCAUUGGUCGGGGAGCUUGAUUGGCUUGGCCCGGGCAGCAGGGCCAUCCUGACAUCCCCAAGUCAACGCGUCCUUAUUAACAUCAAUAAUGCGGGAAGUUUUGUCCUCGAACUGAUGAAACAAGAAGAUGCGCUGAAAUUAUUCUGUAGGCAUGCUUUUGGAACGGAUUCUCCCCGUAAGAAAUUCGAGAUUCUGUCAGAAGAUAUCGUUGCUGCUACUGACAGGCUUCCUUUAGCGCUCAUGGUGGUAGGUUCAUCUCUGUUUCUUGUGAAAAAUAAGAGAGCAUGGAGAGAAACAUUGGCUGCAUUGGAAGCAGCACCUUGUGAGAGAGUCCAAGCAGCCUUGAAGAAGAGCUAUACCAAACUCGACGAGAAUGAACGGCAGAUAUUUCUUGAUAUAGCAUGCUUCUUCAUCGGAAAGGACAAGAGAAUCCCCUAUUACAUGUGGGAUGACUGUAAGUAUUCUGCUUCUAAAUCGAUUCUAGCUCUUCUUGCCAGGUCUUUGGUGGAAAUCGGAGAGGAUAAAGAAUUAUGCAUGCAUGAAAUACUGAAGCACUUUGGCCGGGAAAUUGUCAAGAGUGAAAACCGAGAUGAACCUUGCAAGCGCAGCAGGCUGUGCGACCACGAAGAAGCACUUCAUGUACUAAAAAGAAGGAAGGGAACUAAGAAAGUUAAAGCUCUUGGACUUGAGUUUGUUGACAAAUCUGAAGGGAACCUCAGUUUUGAAUGCGAUCGAUUUGAUGGUUUACAGAACUUGAGGUUCCUCAAGCUGGAUCGUGCUGAUAUUCGGGGAAACUUUGGGGGUCGUCUUUCAAGCUUAAGGUGGCUUGAUUGGCAAGGGUGCCCAAAGACUUUUGACAUUCAAGCGCUAAGUCUGAAUUUGCAAAACUUGGUGAUUCUUGAUUUGUCGUGGAGUCAGGUUGACGAAGACUGGAGGGGAUGGAAGCUGCUGCUUGUGAAGGCAAAUAAACUGAAAGUUUUGAAACUAACUGGUUGUGUCCAGUUGAAUGCCUCUCCAGAAUUUCCUGCUCCAAUGGAGCUGGAAAGACUUAUUCUGGAAGGUUGCUCUAGAUUAGCAUUUAUCCAUCCAUCAUUUCGUAAUCUGAAGAAGCUGGUUUCUUUGAAUAUGAAGCAGUGCAGUCCCGUCUUUGAAUUGCCAGAUUUGCAUCCCAUGAGAGGCUUGAAAGAGCUGGUGAUCGAUGGAACUUCCAUUUGUCAGAUUGAUUUCCAAGAAGGUUCCGUGAGGAAACUCAAAAUACUCAGUGCUCGCGAUUGUAAAAAGCUGUCUGAAAUAUCCGAUUCAAUCAGGUACUUAAAAUCUCUCACGUAUCUCGCUCUAGACGGCACUGAAAUCCGUACCCUCCGGGAGUCCAUCGAGUCGCUGGGGAAACUGAAGACACUGUCUCUGAAGAACUGCCGGAGUCUAUCCAAUCUUCCAGAAGGAAUAGGGAAGCUCAGGUCACUGCAACUCCUGGAUUUAUCCGACACUGUAAUUCAGGACUUACCUUCUUCGGUCAAGGAUUUGAAAGCUAUGAAAGUACUGAGGAUGAGGGGUACUUUCAUACAGGAGUUUCCCCAAGCUAUACUGAAUCUAGAGAAGCUGGAAGAGAUAGAUUUCUCGUUAUGCCGGAGUUUGAUGGGGGAAAUCCCCGACGACAUUACGAGAUUGUCGUCUUUGGCAAUCCUGAAACUAUCCCACACUCGGAUUUCUGACCUACCUCCAAGUAUUUCCCGCCUUUCUUGUCUCCGGGAACUCGACAUCUCCAGAUGCGACAAUCUUCCACUCAACUGGCCCUCUGAUUUGAUUAAUUUUCUUAAGAGAUUCGUGCAAUUAGAUGCUAGAUAA